AUGAGGGGAAACAUUCAAAAAUCAAAUUCAACUAAAGAAACUCCUAAAAACUCCCAAAAAAUGUCAAAAUUCUUUUUUGCCCUUGUAAUAGUCACAAUUGUUUUUAUUCAUUGUUGUGAUGCUGGUAAAGGUAAAAACAAACAAAAAUCAAAGCCUCAGUCUACUUUCUCUAAUCCUGCCGCAGGUCUUUAA